UCCAUUUGUUUUCGGAGACACUUUUCCCCCAGAACAAGAUGGGAGUCACAGCAGUGCUCAUGCUGCCCCUGCUGCUUUUGGGAAUCAGCGGUCUUCUCUUCAUCUACCAAGAGGUGUCCAGGCUGUGGUCAAAGUCAGCCGUGCAGAACAAAGUCGUGGUGAUCACCGAUGCCAUCUCGGGACUAGGCAAGGAAUGUGCUCGGGUGUUCCACAUUGGUGGGGCAAGAUUGGUGCUGUGUGGGAAGAACUGGGAGAGACUAGAGAACCUGUAUGAUUCCUUGACCAGCGUGGCUGACCCCAGCAAGACAUUCACCCCAAAGCUAGUCCUCUUGGACUUCUCAGAUAUCAGCUGUGUCCAGGAUGUGGCAAAAGAGGUCCUGGAUUGUUAUGGCUGUGUGGACGUCCUCAUCAACAAUGCCAGCAUAAAGAUGAAGGGACCUGCUCAUAAGAUUUCUCUGGAGCUUGACAAAAAGAUCAUGGAUGCCAAUUACUUUGGGCCCAUCACAUUGACCAAAGUCCUGCUUCCCAACAUGAUCUCCCGGAGGACAGGCCAAAUUGUGCUAGUGAAUAAUAUCCAAGGGAAGUUUGGAAUACCGUUCCGGACAGCCUAUGCUGCCUCCAAGCAUGCUGUGCUAGGCUUCUUUGACUGCCUCCGAGCCGAAGUCGAGGAGUAUGAUGUCGUGGUCAGCACUGUGAGCCCGACUUUCAUCCAAUCCUACCAAGCUAAUCCUGGCCAAGGAAGCUGGGAAGCCUCCAUUUGGAAAUUCUUUUUCAGGAAGCUGACCUAUGGGGUGCACCCCAUGGAGGUGGCCGAGGAAGUGAUGCGCACCGUGAGACGGAAGAAGCAAGAGGUCUUCAUGGCCAACCCCAUCCCCAAGGCUGCUGUGUACAUCCGCACCUUCUUCCCGGAGUUCUUUUUUGCUGUGGUGGCUUGUGGGGUGAAGGAUAAGUACAAUAUCCCAGAAGAGGAUUAACUGCAGGAGGCCAAAUGGGUUGCCCAGAGAUGGGAAUAAAGGCUUUCCUGGCAGGGGCUGGGUUUUCAU